GAGGCGGGCGAGGCUCUGGCGAGGCUCACGUCUGUUUUCCUUUUUCGUGCAUUAUUUAUUUCGCCUCCGCCCGCGGCCCGGCUGCCCGAGCGGCCGCUCCCGGCCACCUCCUCUCGCGGGCCGGCGUAACGGGCGAGAAGAGCUCGGGCAACCCCGCGCCCCGGGCAGCCGCGCGGCGCCACCGGGAAGGGCGGGGAUCCGGGGAGGGCACGCGCCGCCGGCUCCAGGCUGCUCGGAGGCGACUUUCCCCGCCCUCCGCCUCCGCCCCGGCAGCCCGCCCAGGCCCCGGGAGCGACGGGCUGCCCCUCCCGCCCCGCGCGCGGCCGGAGCAGCCUGGAGCCACCGCGUCCUGCGCCCCGUGCGAGCGCACCGCGCCCGGGCCCCCGGCUCAGCGCCUGGGAGGCCCAAGCAGCACGCAAACUUUUGCUCCGGUGCCCGGCGCUCCUCCCCGGCAUGUGAAGCCCCCAGGCGCCCGCUCAGUAGCCAGGUUCUCCGGGAGAGCGAGGGUGCCUCGGGCCGAGAUGCUCCUUCGGGACCUGGUGCUGCGUCGUGGCUGCUGCUGGCCCUCACUGCUGCUGCACUGCGCGUUCCACCCGUUCUGGGGCUUCGUGCAGGUGACGCAUGGCGAGCCCCAGAAGUCCUGCUCCAAGGUGACCAACAGCUGUCAACACAUCUGCCAGUGCCGACCCCCACCCCCACUUCCCCCGCCACCCCCUCCCCCACCGCCUCCCAGACUCCUCUCCGCCCCGGCCCCCAACUCUACCUCAUGCCCUGCUGAGGAAAGCUGGUCGGGGCUGCUGAUCGCCGUCGCGGUGUGCUGCGCAUCCCUGGUGUUUCUCACUGUGCUUGUCAUCAUUUGCUACAAAGCCAUAAAGAGUCCCCUCAGGGUGCCUGUCAUUGGCCAAACCCAAGAAACUGAGGAGCCCCUGGGAUGCAGUCAGAAGAGCCAGCCUCCCAGAGCCCAGGGCAGGGAGAAGACAGAACGGCGGCCGGGGGAGGCAGACGGAGACGGCCGCGCGGUCCCUUUUCUGCCCCAGCACCGCGACCUGCAUCCUUCUCUGGGCAAGACCUGGAGUCAAGGGAAUAAGACCCAGGCCUCUGCCCUCCACGCCCUCAUAACGCAGAAAGGGCAUCCCAGCACACAAGGGCGGAUGUUCAGUGACGGGAGUGGGCUCUGUCCACGGUGGAGCGGAGGCAGAAAUAGAGGCCAGCACUCCUAGACAAGGCUGUACGGAGGCUUGAGUGGGGAGGCCAGCAGAAGUUACACCCCGGGGCAGGAGAGCACGUGCCCUCGCUGCUCCCUCGCUGACCUCUGCUGGGGGCUGCAAGACAUAGAUAGCUUCGUGCAAGCCAGCUGUCUGCAUUUUUCUCCAGAGUUAAUGGAGGAUUUCUUGCUCACAACCACUUCUUUCUGGUUAAUAAUUCAUUUGAAACAUGCCUUCUCUCUUGGGAAACAAAAGCAUUUUAUGUCGUAAAACCAUUAAAAGGGAAAUUCAGUGAUAAACCCUGCCUUUUAGAAAACUCUCACAGCCUGGAGUCUGAGGAGAGGAUUUCCAAGAGAUCUUUGUGAAUGACCCCAAAACAGCCUUUUGGAGCCAGGCUGCCGGGGGGAUGGUUCCAGAAUACGCUGAGGAAGGAAGGAGGUGAUUCUGGGCAUGGCAGUUUGGCUGGGCUUCUGGGUGCAGGCCCCAGGGCCACAGGCCUCGAUGGGGAUGGAAGGGCAGAUGCAGGAGCUCCCGAGGG